CUUUCACAUAUGGGCGGCUCGAAUAAUAUUAACACAAAAGCCCUCCUCACUGUUCGUAUUUACAGUACUGCCACCACCAUUACAAAAAAAAAGAGUUAAAUCGUACUUUUGAAAGACAUGAGAGCACAGAAAGGAGAAGAACAAGGACGAAGACGAAGACGACGACGACGAACAAGGAUAAAUCUGAGAUUUUGCUCGAGUAAGUCCACUCAAGAGAGAGAGAGAGAGAAGCUCGUGAGUAGAGAAAAAAAAAUCUUAUCUUUUCUCUUUUGUUUCCUGGAUCGGAUCGGGAAAGCUAAAGAUUCCUUUUUUGAAGCUCUGCUCUGUGAUGUUCUUCUCUCGAGCUGAGGUUUGAUGCCGCUUGAAGAAGCUGCGAUUAGAUUCCCCUGUUUACUUGAAUUGGAGCUAAAGCGUAGAGAUAUGUUUAGAUACGUUGCUGAUUCGUGCUUCCCGUAGAUUGAUUCUCUUGGUGAAAAAAAAGUCUGAAUCUUUAUUUGGAACAACAAAAAAAAAGAAAGGAUUUUUGAGAUCGAUUUUGGAGGUUUAGAGAGAGAGAGAGAGAGAGAGAUGGAAGAAGUAGGAGGUCAGGUAGCUUCUCCGAUAUUCAUACACCAAUCGCUUUCUCCGAUGGGGAGAAAACGCAACCUCUAUCACCACCAGAUCCCCCCCAACCGUCUCCUUCCUCCAUCUCAGCCUCAGCAUCAGCAGUGGAGCUCUAACAUGUGGGAUUGGGAUAGCCGCAGAUUCGAAGCUAAACCCGUGGAAGAAUCUCAGGUAGGAGAAGAAGAGAGGAGAGGGCUUGAUUUGAAUCUCGGAAGCUGUCUAAACAACGCCAGCAACGCCUUGGAGGAGGAAGCAGCAGCUAGACCGAGCAAGAAGGGUCGGUCUGGAUCUCCGGGGAACUAUCCGGUUUGCCAGGUGGACAAUUGUAGUCAAGAUUUGUCUCAUGGUAAGGAUUACCAUCGAAGGCAUAAAGUUUGCGAAGUUCAUAGCAAAGCUACUAAAGCUCUCGUUGGCAAACAGAUGCAGAGGUUCUGCCAACAGUGCAGCAGGUUUCAUCUUCUUUCUGAGUUUGAUGAGGGGAAAAGAAGUUGUAGGCGUCGGUUGGCUGGCCACAACCGUCGUAGGAGGAAAACUACUCACCCGGAGGAGGUCGCUUCUGGUGUUGUGGUUCCAGGGAACCGUGAUAAUAAUACAUCUAAUGCCAAUAUGGAUCUUAUGGCUUUGUUGACCGCCUUAGCUUGUGCACAAGGUAAGAAUGAGGUAAGGCCGAUGGGGUCUCCAGCUGUGCCUCAACGAGAGCAGCUUCUUCAGAUACUUAACAAGAUAAAUGCAUUGCCUUUGCCCAUGGAUCUCGUCUCUAAGCUCAACAAUAUUGGAAGUUUAGCCAGGAAAAAUACUGAUCACCAAGUGGUGAACCCUCAAAACGAUGUGAACGGGGCUUCUCCUUCCACCAUGGAUCUGCUUGCUGUUCUUUCCGAAACGUUAGGCUCAUCUUCACCUGAUGCGCUAGCCAUAUUGUCUCAAGGUGGGUUUGGUACAAAAGACAAUGACAAGGCUAAGUUAUCUUCUUAUGACCAUGUUGCUACAACGAACUUGGAGAAGAGAACAGUUGGUGGGGAGAGAAGCAGUAGCAGUAACCAAUCUCCUUCUCAGGAUUCAGAUUCACAUGCUCAAGACACUAGGUCUAGCUUGUCCUUACAACUAUUCACCUCCUCACCCGAGGAUGAGAGUCGACCGAGAAAGUAUUAUUCGUCUGCCAGUAGCAACCCUGUGGAGGAUAGAUCUCCAUCUUCAUCUCCUGUCAUGCAAGAGUUAUUCCCAUUGCAGAGGUCCCCUGAAACCAUGAGGUCUAAGAAUCAUAAUAACACAAGCCCCGUGAGGACUGGGGGUUGCUUGCCUCUUGACCUCUUCGGUGCAUCAAAUAGAGGAGCUGCGAAUCCUAACUUUAAAGGAUUCGGGCAACAGUGUGGUUAUGCGUCUUCUGGUUCUGACUACUCUCCUCCUAGCUUAAACUCUGAUGCUCAGGACCGCACUGGAAAGAUAGUCUUCAAACUACUUGACAAAGAUCCAAGUCAGCUCCCUGGAACGUUACGAACUGAGAUCUAUAACUGGCUGUCGAACAUUCCAUCAGAAAUGGAAAGUUAUAUCAGGCCUGGCUGUGUUGUUCUAUCUGUCUAUGUAGCCAUGUCACCUGCGUCGUGGGAACAACUCGAGCAAAACUUGCUGCAACGGGUUGCUGUUAUGUUACAAGAUUCUCAUUCAGGUUUUUGGAGGAACUCGAGGUUUAUAGUUAACACAGGCAGACAGCUCGCUUCACACAAAAAUGGUAGAAUUCGCUGUAGCAAAUCAUGGAGAACUUGGAAUUCACCAGAGCUCAUCUCAGUGUCACCUGUAGCUGUGGUAGCUGGUGAAAAAACAAGUUUGGUAGUAAAAGGUAGAAGCUUGACUAAUGAUGGGAUCAGUAUACGUUGCACACAUAUGGGUAGCUACGUGUCAAUGGAGGCAACAGGGGCAGCGUCUAAACGAGCCAUAUUUGACGAGUUGAAUGUAAAAUGUUUCAGAGUCAACAACGCACAACCUGGUUUUCUUGGACGCUGUUUCAUUGAGGUGGAGAAUGGGUUUAGGGGUGACAGUUUCCCAUUGAUAAUUGCCAAUUCAUCCAUCUGCAAAGAGUUAAAUCGCCUUGAAGAGGAGUUUCACCCGACAGAGAAACAAGCGCAGACCUCAGAUCACCGUCCCACAUCAAGAGAAGAGACUUUAUGUUUCUUGAACGAGCUUGGUUGGCUUUUCCAGAAGAACCAAACCACCGAGCAGCCUCGGGAACAAUCCGAGUUUUCCCUUUCCCGCUUCAAGUUUUUGCUCGUCUGUUCAGUUGAAAGAGACUUUUGCUCUGUCAUCAGAACCCUUCUCGACAUGUUGGUAGAGAGAAAUGUAGUGAAUGAUGAGCCGAACAGAGAAGCGUUGGAUAUGCUCGCGGAGAUUCAGUUGCUGAAUCGUGCUGUUAAGAGGAAAAACAAAAAGAUGGUGGAACUACUCAUUCAUUACUCUGUUAAUCUCGGUUCCUCUAAAAAGCUGGUCUUCUUACCCAAUAUAACCGGACCUGGCGGUAUCACACCUUUACAUUUAGCUGCUUGUACAUCUGAUUCAGAUGAUAUGGUUGAUCUUCUCACCAAUGAUCCACAAGAGAUCGGAUUAUCGAGCUGGAACUCUCUGUGCGAUGCAACAGGGCAAACUCCAUAUAGCUACGCUGCAAUGAGGAACAACCAUACGUAUAACUCAUUGGUGGCUCGUAAACUUGCAGACAAAACAAACAAACAAGUCUCACUAAACAUUGAGGGCGAGAUUGUUGUUGACCAGUUGGGACUCAGCAGGAGAUUAAGUACAGAGAUGAACAAGUCUUCAUGCGCCUCGUGCGCAACUGUGGAUUUAAAGUAUAGGAGGAGAGCCUCAGGCUCGCACCGUUUGUUCCCAACUCCUAUCAUUCACUCAAUGCUUGCGGUUGCGACUGUAUGCGUUUGCGUCUGCGUUUUCAUGCAUGCUUUCCCAAUCGUCCGACAAGGAUCUCACUUCAGCUGGGGAGGUUUGGAUUAUGGCUCCAUCUAGGCAAGAAAAAAAAAAAGAACAAGAAUGUAAGAUUAUAUACUUGUUAUUAUUCUUUUGGCUUCACAACUGAAAAGACAGAUACUUUACUGCGGAGAGCUCAUGAGGGUUGGCUGUGCGUCUGCGACAAAAGACCAAAGUGCUCUGAUCAAAACAGAGGGAGAGUUUCAUCGUCGGCGUCGAGAGUUCUUUGUUUUUUCUGGUUCAGUUAUAUACUUCGGUAUGGCUAAUUUUAUUGUGUAUUUCUGUGUAUUUCCUACUUAUUAUUAUGACUAAUAUAAUAUUAUGCUGCUUCACAUACAGAGCACUGAGCAGUUUACUAUUUUGCAUUUUUUUGUUCUUUGUAAAUUUGUACUUUGUACAAGAGAGUCUCAUGUUAUUGUAACUUUAGUUUUUGUUUUCAGUUAUGUUUUUAUUUCAAAGGAUGUAUUUGUUCGUUUUCA